AUGUGCGUUGGCCGGGGACAAGAGACGUCGACUCUCCAUGGGACGGGACAGGAAUUGGGUCUCACCCCUGUCAUGGCCUCGAUGGAACCCCGCGGCCUGAACUAUGACGGAGAGCCACGGGGGCCAUCCAAUGCCGAGGAUGCUCCUGGUCCAUGGCCGCCGGGCAAUUUACUGCUGCCGAAUUCUGCCACCGUUGCUGUGCCCAAGCGUGCGGCGAAUGGCAGUCGAGCAGACGCUCCUACUAUUGCCGGCCGCCCAUGGGAACACUUCAACUUGGACAGGGGUUCCCCACACUCGAUACUCGAUUCAGCUGUGUCCCCGUCUGUCCGAGUGUCUGCGUCGUCGGCGUAUACUGUAGCUCUGAGCAAGGCCCGGUCAAACACGGUGCAGAGCAGAGUCACUCGAGGCGAGCAUAGCGGCGCUCACAGGUCGCGACGUGCGUGCGGUUUCAUCGCUGGAUCAUCCAACACUAUCGGCGACCCUGGCUUGUCUGCCGUGCAAUCUGAAGAAUCGGAUGAUCCUCCUCACUUCCUGAGAGGCAAGCAGCUGCUGUCAUCGGCCCUGAUGUCGGAUAGCCAUAUCCAAGAAACGGAACCACAUACUCCUCCAAGGACUCAGAGCAGGCACGACGAAGAUGAAGAUGGACUUGCUACACCUACGUUCUCGUCGCCGCCUGCGUCCCCAUCGGUGAGCCUUCGCUCGUUGCGGAUGUUUCCGCUCUCGCCGCUGCAGCGGCGCUUCUCGGCAUCUUACGCAAGGUCUUCUCAGUCCCCACGCUCAGACGCUGAUGGUGUGAACCAUCGUGAGAUAGAUGCCGACAGCAGGGAUGUUCUCGUUCAAAGACUCAGCGACCUCGCAGUCAGGCUCAACUCGGAUGAUGAAGUACAGGGAAACAGUCUUAACGCCAUGCAUGCUCAGGUGGACGACUUGGAGGCAGUGUUGAGCCGGGAUUCGAGAAGCAGCACAGGGCGCCACAGGAGGAACCACUCUUUCAUUAGCCAAGACGGGCAUGAUCAUGAUGUAUUCUCGGCCACUCUAGGUCAUACAUGGCUUAACUUGCAUCCACCCAACAAGAUAUCGCCGAACACCACAUCCGCGGCGCCUUUGCGGCCUGAAGAAAUAUCUCAAUCUACGAAGGCGGACUCUCAGGGUUCAGCCGUGCCCGACUCGCGGCGUGUGGAGCAUAUUCUGAACGAAGCCAAGAACCUGCAGGAAACUUUGGAGUCCGUUGUUGGCAGUCUCAAGGCACGGCAGGAAGAACAGGAGCACAUUCAUGACUUGCUCAUCACACGGGCUGAGCGAGCUGCUCAGAGGAUCAUCUACCUCGAAGGGCGCGUCCAAGAACUUGAAAAUGAGCGAAAUGAAGGCGAAAUGGAUAUCCUGAAUUUACAAAUCCAGAUGAAGGCAAUCGAGGUCCAAUGCCUCGGCCAUCUGCCCAAGGAUGCCGAUCCGGAGUUGCUCGACAGCAUCGAAACGUGGAAGGCAGAGUGGUCUGCUGUCAAACGCAAGAGAGCGCGCAAGAAAGGGGAGGAACUCGCGGCUUUGAGCUCACCGACUCCCCGAAGCUCUCGCCAUACCGUACUAAGAAGUCACACAGCAGGCUGA